GCGCAAUACCAAUUGGUAUUCAGUAAGAUCAGAAUUGCCCGCACAGCGAGUGUCCCUAUCUUCGACAUCAUGUUUUUUAUUCUCAUUCCCUGUGUGGCCGCUACAAUCGUGGCAACUUCUCUUAUCUUUAACGUCUUGGUGGGUUGGCUGAGAGCGCUGGAAAAGGCGCCAUCCACGACAGCGCAAACCGUACCCUACACCAUACCAUUCAUCAAGAGUACAUUUUCAUUUGUGUUCAAUGGCCCAGAUUUCUAUCGACGAGCUUCAAACUUCUGCCAGGGCCAGUGGCCAGUGCGCGUCGAUUUGCUGAACGACGAGGUUUAUCUUGUUCAAGGACAGAAGAAUAUUCUCUCGGUUUUCAGCAACCCGGGACUGACUGUUACUCGCGCCUAUGGCAUUGUGCUGAAAUACUGUUUUGGGAUGGAUCAGCAAGCUGUUGAUGUCUACGUUUCAGACACCUCAGGCUCCAGGCAUCGACCCAUAUCUAGCAGUACAACACCCCACAACAGCCGUGUAAGCUAUCACACCCAUGAGAACCUUACUCAAGGUCUGCUUGGAAGCGGGCUCGACUCGACGACACAGCGGUUCGAGGCAGCCUUGUAUGCUGCACUCGACAAGGCGGUCCCUAGCAUCUCUGACUGGAAGUUCGAGCCGGAUUUGACCCAAUUCUUCGAGGAACAUCUAGGCACGGCCCUCUUGCAGGCCCUAUGCGGUCCGCUACUCGUGGAAGAAAGCCCGAAUUUGGUUCGCAAGCUCUGGCAAUAUGACAAGCUUAUCAUGGCUCUGGCCAAGCGCCUACCCUCGUGGCUAAUCCCCGGCUCCUACCAGCUGCGAGACGAAUUGCUGGCUAUGAUAAUGAGGUGGCACAAACUAGCCACUGAGCUUUCCACGGCACAUCCGGAAAGGAAACCAUCAGAUCAGAGCCAAGCGGACCCCUACUGGGGUUCGGCCAUGAUGCGGGAACGAAAUAAAAUGCUGCUGACCAUUGAUGGACAAGACCGACGAUCCGUGGCCUCUACUGAUCUUGGGUUUAUUUGGGCCUCUAUCACAAAUGUGGUCCCAUCUACCAUGACCCUCAGCACGCACAUUUUCCACGAUAGCACUCUGGCUCGCGAGCUUCGUUCGCGGCUUCAGGAAUGCAUUCGUCCAGACACAGAUGGGGUUCAAUGUAACAUGGAAAAACUAGCCAAGGAACCACUGUUGCUUUCCAUGUACGCAGAAACCCUCCGGUUUGGAGUCCAAAUCCACGUCCCAAGGUGCUCUCCUCACCAACCCUUAAAUCUUGCGGACAAAAUCAUCCCGGCCAACAAAUUGCUUCUCAUCAACACCGCCCUUGCACACACUGAUGAGGAGGUAUGGAACACCCGGGAUGGUCAAUAUCCACUGAACACGUUCUGGGCACAACGAUUCCUUGUCGACCCGGCCGACCCGCGAAGCGGGCCGUUGAAACCUUCGCGAUUUGCCAAGCAAUUACGAACAGCACAUCCGGACAGCUCUAGAGAAGAAUUCAGCGUGCAAGGACUUGAGGGUAUUUGGAUUCCUUACGGAGGAGGCCAACACGCUUGUCCCGGACGGCUUCUCGCCAAGCGAGUGAUGUUGCUGACCAGCGCCAUGUUGGUCACUAUGUUCGACGUGGAACUACUGGCCCCAGAGUCGGCACUGCAGUUUCAGUCGAGUCGGUUCGGUUUCGGGGUGCGGAAGCCGGUGGCACAGGUGCCAUUUCGCAUCAGGCGUCGCUGUUGAGGACCCAGGCUAGGAUUGAAUCUGUUGAAGAGUAGCUUGAGCCUGUUAUUGUUGAUCUUUAUAUAUGGAAGAAGUGCCACCCC